AUGAACGUCUUGCUGUCACCUCAGCCACCGCUCUUUCCUCACCAGCACGAAACCGCCCGCCUCUCUCCCCGACGAUCUCAAUCGCCGUACAGCAUGUCAUCCAGGAAACGAAAAGCCGAAGAAGAUGCCGACGAGAUGUCUGUCUCACCCCACAAUUCGCCCGCAAUUUCCUCGAGGCACCUCGCAAGACCAUCAAAGAAAGUCCGGGCAGCGAAUGAUUUGGCCGGCCGACCACUGUCCCUUCCACGAUUGCUAGAAACCCUCGACAACACGCAGCUACGGGCCGUGCUUCAGACCAUCUGUGAACGACACGCAGAUAUCGGCCAGGAAGUUGUCAACGGGGCUCCCCGACCGUCAGUUGCUUCGGCUCUUCAGCUUCUUGGGGAAUACCAGGACAGGCUACGCGCGGCCGUACCGUACGGCCAAUCCAGCUCCGACUACACCUACUACCGAGUCAAGCAACCGUUGAUAGCGCUCAUCGACGCCGUCUCCGAUUUUACUCCACAGUAUCUUCCCCCGACCGAGAACCAGACGAAUGUCUCGCUGCAGUAUCUGGAUGGUGCCACCAAACUGAUCCACGGGCUACCAGACUGGGAGAGUCAGUCAUACCGAUAUCAUAAAGAGAAUUCAUAUGACGAGAUUUCGAGAGCUUGGGCAUUGGUUAUUACGGAAGCUGCCAAGAGAGGUGGGGGAUUCGCUCUACACACUGGCGGAUGGGACCAGAUAUUGGCAAAACACCACCAGCAGUCCGGAGGAAAGUUGGAGGCAGCGAUGAAUGCGAUGACAAACGCUGGAUGGGCCAACUCGAACCAGAACAGUUCGACAGGCGGGCUCUCGGAACAGAAUUCGAUCCUGAACCAACUCAUGAACGGCACCUACGGCUCACCCGUCAGAGUUGGCCCCUGGUAG